AUGGUCGUGUGGAAUGUCACUGGUGACUAUGCUGACUUGUUUGUGGCAGGUAGGAUGAGAAGUGCAGUGAAGGAGAGGCUACAGGAUGAGUCUUCUAAUCUCCUAGCUUUACCUCUCUGCCUGUCUGCCAAAGCUGAAUUUAAUUUCAACAAGCUGUCUUUGUCAGACGGGGAAGAUAAGUCACAAGAAGGGGGAAAUAAAGCAAGCAAAGGGGGGCUUAUCUAUGGAGACUAUUUACAGCUAGACAAAAUAUUGAAUGCUCAGGAACUUCAGAGUGAGAAGAAGGGGAGCAAAAUCCACGAUGAACAUCUGUUUAUUGUAACCCACCAAGCUUAUGAACUAUGGUUCAAGCAGAUCCUGUGGGAACUGGAUUCUGUCCGAGUGAUAUUUCAAAAUGGUCACGUGAGAGAUGAACGGAAUAUGUUGAAGAUUGUUGCUCGAAUGCACAGAAUUUCAAUGAUCCUUAAACUACUCGUGGAACAAUUUUCUGUCCUAGAAACUAUGACAGCCCUGGACUUCUUUGAUUUCAGAGAUUAUUUGAGUCCAGCAUCAGGAUUUCAGAGCUUACAGUUUCGAUUACUGGAGAAUAAGAUUGGUGUCCCACAGAGCCUGAGAGUCCCAUACAACAGAAGACAUUACCGGGAUAACUUCAAAGGAAAAGAAAAUGAGUUACUGCUGAAAUCUGAGCAAGAGCUAACUCUGCUGCAGUUAGUGGAAUCGUGGCUAGAGAGAACACCAGGACUCGAGCCAGAAGGAUUUAAUUUCUGGGGGAAAUUUGAAAUGAAUGUACUUAAAGGACUGGAAGAAGAAUUUGCAAUGGUGCAGGCCAAAGAAGACUCAGAGGAAAAAGAAGAUCAAAUGGCAGAACUUAAGAAACAAAAGGAGGUUCUUAUUUCAUUGUUUGAUGAAAAACGGCAUGAACAUCUUCUUGGCAAAGGUGAAAGAAGGUUGUCCUAUAAAGCAAUGAAAGGAGCUUUAAUGAUCUACUUUUACAGAGAAGAACCUCGCUUUCAGAUUCCUUUUCAGCUCCUCACUUCUCUGAUGGAUAUUGAUGUGCUGAUGACCAAGUGGAGAUAUAACCAUGUGUGUAUGGUGCACAGAAUGAUUGGCAGCAAGGCCGGCACUGGAGGAUCAUCAGGGUAUCAGUAUUUACGCUCUACUGUGAGUGACAGGUACAAAGUGUUUGUUGACUUGUUCAAUCUUUCAACAUAUUUGGUGCCAAGACACUGGAUACCAAAGUUGAACCCAACCGUCCAUAAAUUCCUUUACACAGCUGAAUACUGUGACAGUUCCUACUUCAGCAGUGAUGAUUCAGACUGA